CUUGACGUUGCAGGCAUUCUUUAGAAAAAUUGGAUUAAUAUUUUUUAACGAAUUCUAAUCAUUCGCACAAGGGCGAACUAUGUUCAAAGGAAACGUAUUUGAUGGAUUUUCUUUAGGAAAGGACCGCAGCGGUGUUUGAGCGAAUAAUUUACAGAAAAAACAACAACAAAAAACAAUUUGAUCACUCAUGUCAAUAGUGUUUUUCAUUCACAAUUUCCACAAAAUUCGUAAUUUUCAGAACAAGUGCUUAACAUUGAAUAUUGUGAUUGAUUUUCUUCUCCAUCAGGUCUAGAACAUGCUAUAAUCAUAUGAAUGUUUUAAUUGUAUGGUAGCGAUAUUUGUAUUCGGUGAAUAUUUUAUACGGGCCAGUAUACACAAGUAAUCAAUAGUACUAAUAAUAUUCACCUGGUAUAUGGAAUACAGCCAAAAUAUCAUGUCAUACAUAUACGGUACAUAUUUGGAGCCUGCAUAAAUAGCGGCUGUCACACUCACAGUAAUACUGAAUGAUCAAAAAGUUGUUGUGCGUUGGAGAUGUUUACUUAAAUAAACGUAUGAACUUAUGAAUUGCUCGAGAAAACGUUAAAGGUACUUGCAUUUGCUUUUAUUUUCCACAUGGAUGCUUAGUUGAAACCAAGGAAUCCCAAACCAUACAUUGUGGUAUACCAGUAUCUUACAGGACUACUUAGUUACAGUAAUUACCUCUGACGUGGCUAUACUGACCAGCAGUAGUGGACAAUAAGAAAGUUUACACAGUAUGGCUGACACCGAAUUACUUUUAACCAACCGGACACCGGAAGAGCCGAGUCUGUACGACCGUGCGAUCCGCCCCGCACUCGCCGAGUUUGUGGGAGUGACACUUUUUGUGUUUGUGGGAUGUUGCGCCCUUGUUUCAGGCGAUAUUGUGGGAGCGGCCCUGGGGCAUGGACUCACCAUUGCGCUUUUAAUCAUGGGUCUCGGGGACAUCAGUGGCGGUCACUUUAACCCUGCGGUGACGCUAGGGGUGACGCUAGGAGGGGGUCUUUCAGCAGCAUUACUUCCGGCCUAUUGGCUGGCGCAACUGAUCGGUGGCAUCCUGGGAGCGGCUCUGGCAAGGGGCACACUGCCGAUGGGAAUAUACAAACGCAUAGGAGGAGGCGUGCAUCAUUUGGGAAAGAUCCCCGUAGAUGAAGAAAUGAUGGUCCUCGAGUCUGUGUCACCCGGGUGGGGUAUGCUGAUCGAGCUCGUCCUGACCACAGUUCUCGUGUUCACCGUGCUUAUGGUGGCCGUCAAUUCGCGCACCAAAACCAAACUGGCGCCUCUCGCGAUCGGGUUCGCAGUCGUCGUCGACAUUAUGGCAGGUGGAAUGUUGACUGGAGCGUCUAUGAAUCCUGCGCGGGCGUUCGGACCAGCCGUAGUAGCCUCUGCUGUGCUAGAUAACGCCUGGACAUACCACUGGAUCUACUGGAUUGGACCGUUACUCGGGGGCACAUUAGCAGCCUUAAUAUACAAGUUUCUGUUCGCCAGCCCCAGUCAGAGAUGGGUGGCCAGAAGUCCAUCGUUUUAGAGAAGACAAAAGACGAAUUGUGAACAAAGACUGAACGAAGAUACUUGUGUCGUUAACGAUUUACAAUUCAUUCCUGUGUCUGCGUUCAUUAGGAUCUCUUUAGAUGCUGUCCUGGAACAAACUUUUGCCAGUUCAGUGACAGUGCAAAAUGUUGGCAUUAAAAUGUACAUAUCGUAUUUUCUGUUUUAUAGAAAAUGUCACUAGAAAUGUGUAUUAUGGGAGGAUGGGACUUCUCUUUGUAUCCUAUCAUGAAAUAAUGAUGUGAAACGUUUAUGCUUGCGAAGAAAGUGUGUAAAAAUAAAAAGAAUAAACACUAAAGGGUACACAUUGUAUGAAAGAGAUAUAUUAUUAUUACUAAAAUUGAUUUAUACGGAUAUUAAUGUACUCAAAGAGACAUUUUUAUGUUUUUCAAAAUAUUGCUAUGUUCUAUUUGUUAGCACACAGUGAUUUGCAUUAUGUGAACCCGCGCGCGCGCGCGUGUGUGUGUGCGUUUGUGUUUGGCGGUUAAAGCCCCCCUCCUCAGUUUUGUAUCACGAUCGGGCUUAAAAGGGGAUUUUCAUUCCAUUUUGCGUUUUGAAAACUUGUAUUACAUAUUCCAUUGCUUUCCAUUGCUCAAUUCCUGGUCUUCGUAUAUUUUGUUUAGGCUUUAAAAAUGUAUUAUUAUACCACUGUAUUGUACAUGACGUAUCGCCUUACUUCCAUAUCGUGAACUGAACUUGUGUUGUUAGUAUAUAAAUUUAUAAAUUGCUCGCAAAACUUGUA